AUGCAGAAAUUGGCCCGUGACACCGAUCUGAUUACACCGACAGCUGUUUCUGCCCCUGCGGAGCCACCGCGCCCUAUACAGCCGAGAGUCAAUCCUACUCGCUGUGUCUUGUUGAAAAACAUGUUUAAACCAGAAGAGGAGACAGAGCCGAAUUGGGCUGAAGAACUCGAAGAGGAUGUAAAAAAUGAGUGUAUGAAAUAUGGACCAGUGGUUCAUAUUAGUGUAGAUAAGGAUUCAGCGGGAGACAUAUACAUGAAAUUCGACAGUAUAACUUCCGCACAAAAUGCAGUCAAUGGGCUUAAUGGUCGCUGGUUUGGUGGCAAUCAGAUUUCCGCUGUAUUCAUACUUGACAUGUUUUAUAAC